AAAAAAAUUGAAUUUUUUUUCUUGUUAGCUCGCAGUGCGAGCUUGAUUUUUUUUUUAUUUUCGUUCAUCUCAAUCAUAAAAGAAUCGUUUCGUUUUUCGAACAAGCAGAUUGUUUGAUCGAGUGAUUAGAUUCGAGACAGAAUUUUCAAAGUUUUUUCAUAUCAAAAAAUUAAAUGAUGUUCCAGAAGCUAACAGUGGUUUUUGCCGUUGUGAUUAUAACCAGAUUUGCCACCGCUGAUCAUUGGAAACGUGAUGGCGAUGAAUGGUGGAAAUCCUAUGAAAUUGCGCGUAGUGAAAGACAAGCGCAAGAAUUUUUUCAAGAAGGUCAAAUUGUACAAUUGAAUCAAUUCGAAGAUCAAGAUGAAGACCAUACAUUGGCCGAAGUUGUUGAUGAUAAAGCACGUCCACAAUUUAUUUCAAUUGCGACAGAUCGAAUAAGACCAAAUCAACCAUCACUAACAGCUAGUGUAAGACCAGGGGGGUUCGGUCAAAGAAUUAGUGGUAGUCAAGAAAUAUCCACAUCAACACAAUCCAGACCUACUCAAGAAUUUUCUGGUUCUAUUCGUCCAUCAAUAGGAAGUCAAGGGGGUGGCAUUCUUCUGGUUGCUGUGAACGAAGAUGAACAACCAUUACCCGCACCACGACCAGUUCAGCCAUCCGGUCCAUCUUCAUUUGGAACAUUGUCAGCACCAGCUCCAAGACCAGCUCCAAGACCAGCUCAGCCAACUGGUCCAUCAUUUGGAACAUUGCCAAGCCCAAGCUUGCCAGCUCCAUUACCGGCACCACGUCCAGCUCAGCCAUCAGGUCCAUCAUUUGGAACAUUGACAGUUCCAGCUCAGCCAUCAGACACAUCUUCAUUUGGAACAUUCCCAGCACCAGCUCCAAGACCAGCUCAGCCAACUGGUCCAUCAUUUGGAACAUUGCCAAGCCCAAGCUUGCCAGCUCCAUUACCAGCACCACGUCCAGCUCAGCCAUCCGGUCCAUCAUUUGGAACAUUGACAGUUCCAUCUCCAAGACCAGCACAACCUUCCGGUCCAUCAUUUGGAACAUUGACAGUUCCAUCUCCAAGACCAGCACAACCUUCCGGUCCAUCUUCAUUCGGAACAUUGACAGUUCCAUCUCCAAGACCAGCACAACCUUCCGGUCCAUCUUCAUUCGGAACAUUGACAGUUCCAGCUCCAAGACCAGUUCAGCCAUCUGGUCCAUCUUCAUUCGAAACAUUGCCAGCACCAGCACCACGUCCAAUUCAGCCAUCCGCUCAAUCAAUUGGAUCUUCAGCCCGUCCUGCGGUAAUUCCAUCACCACAAAAACCAAUUCAACCGUUAACACGUCCACAAGCUCAAUUCAAUAUUGAACAACAAAAAGACAUCAUUGAUGAGGAAGAAAGUCCAAUUGUUCCUAUUCAACGGACGAAACCAUCCUCAUUUGGAACUUUGCCCACACCACGUCCCUCGCUUCCCAAACCAAUUCAAACAUCCGGUUCAUCAUUUGGAACAUUACAAAGCCCAAGCUUUCCAACUCCAUUACCAGCACCACGUCCAGCUCAGCCAUCCGGUCCAUCAUUUGGAACAUUGACAGUUCCAGCUCCAAGGCCAGCACAACCAUCCGGUCCAUCAUUUGGAAAAUUGCCAAGCCCAAGCUUGCCAGCUCCAUUACCAGCACCACGUCCAGCUCAGCCCUCCGGUCCAUCUUCAUUUGGAACAUUGUCAGCACCAGCUCCAAGACCCGCUCAGCCAUCUGGUCCAUCAUUUGGAACAUUGACAGUUCCAGCUCCAAGACCAGUUCAGCCAUCUGGUCCUUCAUUUGGAACAUUACCAAGCCCAAGCUUGCCAGCUCCAUUACCCGCACCACGUCCAGCUCAGCCAUCCGGUCCAUCUUCAUUUGGAACAUUGUCGGCACCAGCUCCAAUACCAGCUCAGCCAUCUGGUCCUUCAUUUGGAGCAUUACCAAGCCCAAGCUUGCCAGCUCCAUUACCAGCGCCACGUCCAGCUCAGCCAUCCGGACCAUCUUCAUCCGGAACAUUAACAGUUCCAGCUCAGCCAUCCGGUCCAUCAUUUGGAAAAUCACCAUUUACAGGAGGUGUUAAAGGUCAAAAAACUUCCUCAAGCAGUCUAACACGCCCACGUUUCCCAUCUCCCUCACCAUCCCAACCAUCCAGUCCAUCAUUUGGAACAUUGACAGUUCCAUCUCCAAGACCAGCGCAACCUUCCGGUCCAUCAUUUGGAACAUUACCAAGCCCAAGCUUGCCAGCUCCAUUACCAGCACCACGUCCAAUUCAGCCAUCUGGUCCAUCAUUUGGAACAUUGACAGUUCCAGCUCCAAGACCAGCGCAACCUUCCGGUCCAUCAUUUGGAACAUUACCAAGCCCAAGCUUGCCAGCUCCAUUACCAGCACCACGUCCAAUUCAGCCAUCUGGUCCAUCUUCAUUCGGAACAUUGUCAGCACCAGCUCCAAGACCCGCUCAGCCAUCUGGUCCAUCAUUUGGAACAUUGACAGUUCCAGCUCCAAGACCAGUUCAGCCAUCUGGUCCUUCAUUUGGAACAUUGACAGUUCCAGCCCAGCCAUCUGGUCCAUCAUUUGGAACAUUGACAGUUCCAGCUCCCAGACCAGCUCAACCAUCCGGUCCAUCAUUUGGAACUUUGACAGUUCCAUCUCCAAGGCCAGCGCAACCAUCCGGUCCAUCAUUUGGAACAUUGACAGUUCCAGCUCCUAGACCAGCUCAACCAUCCGGUCCAUCAUUUGGAACAUUGCCAAGCCCAAGCUUGCCAGCUCCAUUACCAGCCCCAAGACCAGCUCAGCCAUCUGCUCCUUCAUUCGGAACAUUACCCAGCCCAAGCUUGCCAGCUCCAUUACCAGCUCCAAGACCAGCUCAGCCAUCCGGUCCAUCAUUUGGAACAUUACCAGCACCAGCUCCAAGACCAGCUCAGCCAUCCGGUCCAUCAUUUGGAACAUUGACAGUUCCAGCUCCAAGACCAGCUCAGCCAUCUGGUCCAUCAUUUGGAAAAUCAUCAUUUGCAGGAGGUGUUAAAGGUCAAAAAACUUCCCAAAGCAGUCUAUCACCCCCACGUUUUCCAUCUCCCACACUGACAGUUCCAGCUCCUAGACCAGUUCAGCCAUCCGGUCCAUCAUUUGGAACAUUACCAAGCCCGAGCUUGCCAGCUCCAUUACCAGCACCACGUCCAGCUCAGCCAUCCGGUCCAUCAUUCGGAACAUUGACAGUUCCAGCUCCAAGGCCAGCACAAUCUUCCAGUCCAUCUUCGUUUGGAACAUUUCCAGCACCAGCUCCAAGACCAGCGCAACCAUCCGGUCCAUCUUCAUUCGGAACAUUGCCAGCACCAGCUCCAAGACCAGUUCAACCAUCUGGUCAAUCUUCAUUUGGAACAUUCACAGUUCCAGCUCCAAGGCCAGCACAACCUUCCGGUCCAUCUUCGUUCGGAACAUUGACAGUUCCAGCUCCAAGUCCAGCUCAGCCAUCUGGUCCAUCUUCAUUCGGAACAUUGACAGUUCCAUCUCCAAGACCAGCUCAACCAUCCGGUCCAUCUUCAUUCGGAACAUUGCCAGCACCAGCUCCAAGACCAGUUCAACCAUCUGGUCAAUCUUCAUUUGGAACAUUGACAGUUCCAGCUCAGCCAUCCGGUCCAUCAUUCGGAACAUUGACAGUUCCAGCUCCAAGACCAGCUCAGCCAUCUGGUCCAUCUUCGAUUGGAUCUCUAGCAAGUCCUGCUCAACCUUCCUCUCCAACUUCAUCAUUAUCGUCAGGUACAUCUUCCGGCGAAGAAUAUGGUGUGAAAGGUGGUAGUAGUAAAACAAAAGGUCGCGGCUUCAAUCCUAAUUAUCCUCGAUUCAAUCCACGACUAAACCGUGCUAUAACUCAAGCUGCUUAACACCUCAUUUGUAUCAUUUUUUCAAAGUGGUUUGUUUAGUUGGAAUUUUCUUGUCAUUUGUCACAAACCAUGAAUAUUGUUUUUCUCUAUCAUUUUCAUACAAAUUUCGUUUCAGUUUUUUUUGCUUGCUUAUGAAUUUUUCUUUCAACUGCCAUGCAUUCGAUUCAAUAUACAGUGGAAAAUGUUUUACCUUCCCUAUAUAAUAAAAUUUGAAAUAUUGA